CCCUCGACACUGGACGAGCGCAGCUCAGCAUCCUCCGACUCAGCAUCCUCCGACUCAGCCUCUCCCGGUCCGCACCGACAACCGCAGUCAUGAAUGUAGGUAUCUGUGUGUGUGUUCUCCUGGCUGCUCUGUCCGGCGGUUCCCUGAGUCUGCCCACGCAAGCCACCCCACAGGGAGCCGAGGGCGAGGCUCUCCUGGCCGACAGUCUCCCCCCGCCCUCGCCCGGCCGCGCGCGCCAGGCCCGCUCGGCUCCUGCGGCCCCCCCGGGGCAGCUGGCCCACUACAACCAGCCCCAGGAGGAUCCUCGGAACAGCCUGAGCCGGCUCCUGGCCAGACUCCUCUCCAGGAAAGGCUCUCCCCCCCAGACCAGAUCCUCCCUCAGCAGCAGAGCCAGCGGCCUGGCCCCCGGCCACCGGAUAAAGGACAGAGAUUAUCUCGGCUGGAUGGACUUUGGAAGACGCAGUGCAGAGGAGUAUGAAUACCCCUCCUAGAGGCAUGGCUUGUUUUCACCAAAACCCCCGCGUUACAACCCCCCCCCCACAAACAGCCAAUAAAAGCUCACAGAAACACUGAGCCCUUUUCACACUGCAGUCACUGUAACCCCGGGGGGCUGCGUCGACCGGACCCCAGCAGGAGUUUACCAUCAAACCACAACAGAGAGAUAGAAAAGUAAUUUCCCAGAGGGGCAUAUCCUGCAAUCUGUGAAUCCUAAACAUCUGCCUUGAAUUUAACUUUGCAAAGUCUAAAUAUUCCGUAUUUCUGUUUUUGUCAAGAAAUCCUACACGAAAAGACGAAGCCCAACAGUGUGUUGGUCCAUUUCUAAGUGCUGACUCCUCCAGCCCGUCUGUGGCACUCAGCCCCAAGACCAUUUCAUAGGUAGCAUUAUUCAACAAUUAAUAAAAAAGUGAAUUCUUAUGGGACUAUUUUCCGCAGGGGAUUAAUACACAUUGGGUGCGCUAGUGAGCAUUUACAGCAGCAGGACGGUAUAUGUAUUGAAAAUAGAAAUAAAAUAAACUACAACAGCCAUGAAGGGACUUUUCACUGAGAGCAAGAGAGUGUGGCUCAUUUUUAAAUGGAGCUCUAAUCGCAGACAAAUACAGCAUGAUCAUUAUUUGGCAACACAGAAAAAUGCUUGUUGAUGAAAUCAAUGGAUCACUGGGUUUAGUCUUUUCCCGAGGGAGAACAAAUAUUUACCAGGUCAGAAUAUGACCAGAUUUCACCAAAAGGCAACUAAGCAAAUAGUAGUAAUUAAUACUUAUUUUAAUCAAUCAUAUAUUUUAAACCUUACUUAAAGUAAAAUAACUGAUUAUCAAGUAAUGAAUGUGCAGGGACCUUGAUCCUUUAAAUAUAAAUUGCAGCCACAAUCGAUAAAUGUAUGUUCCGUCUUAGAAAUUGAAGCCUCUCAAAGUGUUGAAUGUUAAACAUUGGAGUCUCAGUGUGCAGUCAGCUGAACCCUGGGCAAAAAAAUGUGCAGUGUGAAAAGCACAAUAUGUCUACGAAUUAAAGCACACGGUGUUCACUACAUGAGGCGCUUGGGACUCUCCCUAUCAUUUCACACUGGACUUUGCUGGCACGCACAUUCAAAAUCAGCACUACGAGUACUGUAGAUGUCGGUUUCUUUUUGAAAGAUCAUUGUGUGUGUGUGCGCCCCGUCACGGGGGUUGAGUCUGUAGUCUCUACGAACUUUCAGAUUCAGUACAAUUCCGAAUAAAGCUCCGCUCUCCGACGGCAGCAAGAGACGCACUUGUCGUGCGGAGGGCCCAGUUGGUGGGCUGAUCCCAAGCGUCUCAUGUAGUCACUGCCUGUGUGGACGGAGCAGAAUCAGAAGCCGAGCGAUACUGGCUGUCAAUCUGCUGCAUGGGUGUGUGUGUGUGUGUGUGUGUGUGUGUGUGUGUGUCCCUGCACAGGAGCAUUCGGUGUAAUUCACCAUUGGAGCUGAGAUUCCACAGAUACUGUUAUCAUAGAUUAGGAUUUCCCAGGAUAAGCACUCCUUUCCUGAACAUGGCAUGCACACACCUAGGUGUAAUCCUGUCCACGAAACACAUCUUAAAUGUCCCUCAGUUCUAACCUACAAAAGAUUAAUAUUGGUCCUCAUCAGUGAGAAUAUGUGCACUCAGCUCAUCCUGAUGCUCUCCAGUCGCUGACCUGACCCACGCGGCUAUGAUGACAAUGUGACAUCUGUCUUGUCCCGGGACAAGAAAGAUGUCUUAACAUCCCUUACAUGCCUUAACAUCUCACAGUGGACUUCAACUAUGAUAACAGAUUGUCACAUAUUGCUUCAUGCCAAUGGGUGAAUUAAAUCCAAUGCUUUUAUGCGGGGAGCAAACACCCUAGAUGGUGGACAUGGAGUGAAGGUCAAGCGUUCUCUGCCACAUCAUCAACCCAAAUGCAACCAUUUGUAAAUGACAAAAUGAAAUGAAAUCCAGCCUUUAGUUUGGAAAUAUAAACUGUCGCCUCCAGAAAAAAAAAAGUUGAUCAUGUAUCAAUUUGUCUGUAAAAUGGAUAUGAAGCAAUAUAAAUGUACAUGUAUAUGAUUUUGGAUGAAAACAACGAGAGGAUAAAGUCCUUUCUGUUUGGGUUUAUUUAUUCGAGGUGAAGCAAAGUUUUAAUUUAUUAAGCUGAUAAUAAAUAAAAUAUUACGUUGA